AAUGUUGCAAAACAAGGAAGUAAAUAUUGUUAUCGAAUUCCAUGAAUGCAUGACUCCAAUAGUAACAGCAAAAUAUUAACAUUAAACCUUUAAAAAAUAAAGACAUUACAGUGGAUGAUUUUAAACCUGUGACACAAUUUUGAGGAUAACUGAAGGUAAAACAUGGCAGUCUCAGGAAAGAAAGCAUCAAAACAAUUUUUAUCAUCUACAACAUCCAUGGCAUCAGAUGAAGAUCUUCAAAUUUACUGCCAACCUUGUGACGAGGAAGGACCUAGACUACCUGCCCAUGGUUACUGCACUGACUGCAAGGAACACCUCUGCAAGACAUGCUUUAGAGCCCAUAAAGUCAGUAGGUUUUCCAAACAUCACACACUUCAGGACGCUACUAAUAUGCCUAAAGUAUUGCAGCAACCCUCAACAUCUAUUCACACAGGCCAGUCUGAUGUCCUGACCACACCCUGUCUUAAACAUCCACAAGAAAUGAUCAAGUUCUACUGCAAUGACCAUACAGAAUUACUCUGCAGUGUUUGUGUUACCCUUGAACAUCAAGCUACUUCCUGCAAAGUUGAUUAUAUACCAGACAUUUCUGGUGAUAUAUUAGACAGCAAGCAAUAUCAAGAUAUUCUUAAAACAUUGAAUCACACUUCUGACCAAUUUCAACAGAUGGUAGAAGAUGUCAAGAACAUGACAAACAAAUCAAACAGCUCACUCAAAGAAUCAUUGGCAGAAAUCAAAAAGUUUCGGCAAGAAAUCAACCAAAGACUAGAUGUACUUGAGAGACAGGCUGAAGAUGCAGCUAAAGUCAUAAAACAAAAAAACAACAAAAAUCUGAAAGCAGUAGAAACAACAUAUGAAGAUAUGAGCAAAUCCCUGAAAACAUCAUCAGAUAAAAUCAAACAACUCAACACAUCAAAACAGACCAACAAACUUUUCAUGGAACUUAAACUUGCAGAGAAAACAAUACACAAUGUGAAGGGAAAAACUCAACAACUUUUAUCAUAUGAUAUCAAAGAGCACAACUUUCAAUCAAAUGAUGAAAUAUUAAAUUUCCUUAAAACAGAGGAGUCACUGGGUACAUUGACACAUAAAACUUUUAAUACAGAAUCUCAAUCUGUACAAAUAAAGUCUAGGCAACCUUCACAUGAGGGAGAAAUCUGUGUGAAGACAUCAAAAGAUAAAUAUAGAUGCUGGAUAAUAGGAAUGACUCUGCUGACUCCUGAUCUUCUUAUCAUCACUGACUAUGAUAACAAAGCUGUAAAGAUGGUGGAUACCAACAGUCAAUCUGUGUCUGAUCAACUACAACUAGAUGCUGAACUAUGGGAUAUCACUACAGUAACAAGUACUCAAGUUGCUGUCACACUUCCUAGCAUACAGACAAUACAGUUUAUAUCAAUCUCAUCAAACAAACUCAUAAUGAAGCACACUGUAAAGGUUGGUGGAAACUGUCAUGGUAUAAGCUGUUACCAAAGUAAACUUGUUGUGUCAUUCUUUAAUCCUGCAAAACUUCAGAUCCUUGAUAUAAAUGGCACUAUACUGACAACAACUGAUGGAAAAUAUAUUUUCCAAAAUCCACGGUAUAUCAUAUGUAACAGAAGUUCUAUCUAUGUAUCUGACAGUGGCAUGAAGAGAGUAAGAUCUAUCUAUGGAUCUAACGAUGACAUGAAAAGAGUAACAAUGUUAAACUGGCAAGGUGAUGAAAUAGGUAGUUAUAGUGGUAUGGGUGAUCCUAGAGGAAUGUCACUGUCAGAUGAUGGUACUGUCUUUGUGUGUGUCUGGCAGAGAUAUGGGAGACACUUUGUUAUAGAAGAGAUAUCAGUAGAUUGUUCUACAGGAAAGGUGGUGCUGCAGGAUCAUAAGAGACCACAGGCUGUAUGUUGGUGUGGAAAAACAAAGAAACUGUAUUACAGCUGUUAUGUGUCAGAUGAAAAGUAUGGCAACUUCCUUCAAAUCUAUAAACUGUCGUAGAACAAUACAACUUUAACUGUAUUUUAUCAAAACCAGUUAAUACCCAAUUCACUGCCUAUGUUUGUUAUUUUGUCAACAUUUAAGUGCGUAGAUCUACAGUAAGCACAUUUUCCAUAAGUGUUUUAAAAAAUUGCUAUAAACAAAAGAAAUGUAUCAUUUGGAAAUUGUAUUUAAAUAUUGCUUGGGAAAAAGUGUUAUUAAUGUUUUAACUAGUAUACAUAGUAUGAAACAUGUAUAUGAUGGAUAAUAACAUUUUGUUAUAGAACAUUUUUAUUAUCUGCAAUAUAAAUAUAUGUAUUAUCGGAUCAUGUGUCUCACACCGGCCAACAAGAUUUAUAGAAACUUUUUUUGUGGUUUGUAUUUAUAUCUAAUACUAAACACUUUCAACAUCAUAAUUUUUUGUUUUACAAAUCAUCCAUUAUAGACCGAUUCACUUUACAGUAAGCCAUUAAAAAUAAAAUUGGUUUUGUCAUAUAAUCAUAUUACAAAUUUAGGGAAGAACUGCUUUAAAACAUUUAAAAGCCUAUGUGAUUUGGUCACAUACUCUUUAAUUAACAUUACGGUUGAAUGAUCUGAGGUAAUCUUCUGCUGAUGAAGAACUUGUGUGAUGAUUUUACAAGAAAGCUACAAUAUUGAAUAAUGGUAAUAAAAUACUGAAUAAUGAUAAAUUUUACAUUUACUGUCUGUAAAUAGUAAACAAGAGGGCCAUCAUGGCCCUGAGGUCGCUCACCUGUAUAUAGGCCCCCGGAGCAGGGCCAGUUUAAACCCUAGGCCUUUUAUUUGAACAAACUUGGAAGACACUCGUAAGAAGAUGUUUCAUGAUGUUAAGUUUUUACUACACACAUAUAAUGAAAAACAAUGAUCUCCUUCUUCACUCUCCCCCCCCCGGCAGGGCCAAUUUUAACCCAAAGGCUUUUUAUUUGAACAAACUUGGUUGAUACCUAUAAGAUGUUUCAUGCUAAUCAUCUAAGCUCUAGCUCAUUGAGUUUUUUAAAAGAAGAUUUUUUAAGUUUUUACUAUACACAUAUAGUUUAAAACAAUGACACCCCUGGGGCGGGGCCAGUUUUGACCCCUGGGCUUUUAUUUGAACAAACUUUGUAGACACUUACUAGAAGAUGUUUCAUGCUUAAUAUCUAAACUCUAGGUAUUUGGGUUUUUUCAAAGAAGAUUUUUUAAGUUUUUGCUACACAUAUAAGAAAAAUCAAUGACCCCCAGGGCGGGGCCAAUUUUGACCCCAGGGAUUUUAUUUGAACAAACUUGUUAGACACUCAUUAGAAGAUGUUUCAUGCUAAAUAUCUUAGCUCUUGCUCUUUGAGUUCUUUAAAAGAAGAUUUUUUAAAUUUUUAUUAUAUGCAUAUAGGGAAAAUCAAUCACCCCCAUGGGUGGGGCCAAUUUUGACCCCAGGGCUUUUAUUUGAACAAACUUGGUAGACACUCACUAGAAGAUGCUUCAUGCCAAAUAUCAAAGAUUUAGCUGUAAGGGUUUUUAAAAGAUAAUAUUUAAAGUUUUUUCUUUCGGUUGCCAUGGCAACCAGAGUUCUGCAUGGAAUUAAAUUCUUUGAACAAUUUUCAAAGAUGACCACCAAAGGAACAUUCCUGUGAAGUUUGGAUGAAAUUGGCUUAGUGAUUUAUGAGGAGAUAUCAUUUUAAGUAAAAGUUUACGGACAGACGGACGCCGGACUGACGCCGGACGAAAAGCGAUCACAAAAGCUCACCCUGUCACUUUGUGACAGGUCAGCUAAAAAAUAAUAAAAAAUUAUUAUUCAACUGCAAAUUUUAAAUACCUAUUUUAUGCCUAUUGAUAAUGUAAUACAUUUUUAAAAGACUUUUAAAAGAGAUUUGCUUGGAUAUAUCAUUUGAAUACUUUUUCACCAAAUGGAACAAAUUGCAAAGUUCUGUUUUAAUGCAUUUCUCUUUUUAUUUCUGUAAAUAACUAAAAAGUAUUUUUUAUAUACCUUAGUCGUUUUUUUUAGUGUUUUUACUUAAUAAAGUUUUACCGGUGUUUCACUUAAUAUUUGUUUUACUGGUGUUUCACUUAAUAUUUGUUUUACUGAUGUUUCACUUAAUAUUUACUAACUGAAAUACUUGAACAAUUCUGAAUUUAAGCGAGUAAGCACUGUGACUUAAAUUUGUUUUCUUACAUAGAUACACAUGUUAUAAUUUAUAUAUAAAUUUUGUACAGGACAAUGUGAUGUUACAU